AUGCGACCUUUUCUAUUGGGUGGCCCGCCAUAUUGCUGUUCAAGAGAUGUCCAGUGCUACAAAAACACCGGCGGAGACACAAGCGGACAUCAGCGUUUCACCUCCACAUAAGAAGCAGCGUACGGACGCCUUCGGUGACGCAGAAUCCAAGACCGCACCCGCCGCCGCCGCCAAGACUUCCGACAACGGUGUCACGACACCAGUCACUGCUGCUGCCGCUGCUAACUCGACGACAAUGGCGAGGAACGGAUCCGCAGCGGAGGGAGACAUCGAUGAGGGAUUGUACUCUCGACAACUCUACGUAUUAGCAUCUAUCGUGUAUCACAGCUACGACCUUUUCUUCCUGAGAGAGGAGGACCUAGGGAAGAACCGGGCCGAGACGUGUCAGCCGAGACUAGCAGAGCUAAACAGCUACGUUCCCGUCACCGCGGAAACGGGCAGCAUCACAGACGACUUCCUGCAACAGUUCCAGGUUAAGAGGUCGGCCCACGUGGCGACCGUCCCCCUGAGUACUACGUACCUGCGCAGAGAGGUCGGCUUGGGUCCCCCUGCGACUACGUACCUGCCCAGAGAGGUCGGCUUGGGCGACAGCGGGAGAGACGUUCACUUGUUCUUCGUCCGCGCGCUCGCAGGUCCGUACACGUUCAGCAUCGGUGACACGUCGUCGUUGUCGGAGUACACGCGUGGAGGAAUCGUGACCCAGGUCAAGAUGCCCGUCACCGUCUCAUUCAAGUCGCUUCGGGAAUCGUUGGCCGCGCCGGAAUUCGUCAUCUCAGACUUUGCGAAGUUUGACCGGCCGGCGCAGCUUCACAUCGGCUUCCAAGCCCUCGACAAGUUCAUGCAGCAGCAUGGCCGGCUGCCCGCCCCUCGCAGCAAGGCCGACGCCGACACGUUCGAACGCGUCGCCGCGGAGACGAACGCGGCGUCGUCUGCACGCGCCGACGAGCUCAGUGGCGCCCUCAUGCGGCAGCUUAGUCACCUGGCGGCGGGCGGGGUGGCGCCCAUGCAGGCGGUGGUGGGAGGGAUCGCGGCGCAGGAGGUUAUGAAGGCGUGCACGAGCAAGUUCAUGCCGAUACGUCAGUGGUUCUACUUCGACGCCGCCGAGUGUCUGCCGGAGGAAGAAGAGGAGGUUCUGACGGAGGAGGCGUGUCGGCCGGUGGUGAUACCUCACAUGACGGAGUCCUACUCGUCAUCCCAGGAUCCCCCGGAGAGGAGCAUUCCCAUCUGUACGCUGAAGAACUUCCCCAACGCUAUCGAACACACGCUGCAGUGGGCGCGGGACAUGUUCGAGGGACUGUUCACGCAGCCUGCAGAGACCGUGCAAGCUUACCUACUGGAUCCCAAGUUCAUGGAGCGGACGAUGAAACAACAGGGCAUGCAACCCAUCGAGACCCUGGAAGUCCUGAAGAGGGCGCUGAUUGACGAUCGGCCGUCAACGUUCGAGGACUGCAUAGCGUGGGCCCGCCUUCAGUUCCAGGAGCACUACUACAACACAAUCACGCAGCUUCUGUACAACUUCCCUCCCGAUCAGACGACGAGCAGUGGCGCCCCCUUCUGGUCAGGUCCCAAGAGGUGCCCUCAUGCGAUCAGGUUUGACAUCAAUAACGCGAUGCACGUGGACUUCGUCGUUGCCGCGGCGCACCUCCACGCUGAGAACUAUCGCAUCAAGGGAUGGAGGGACCGCGCUGCCGUCGCCGCCGCCGCCGCGCGCCUGAGCGUGAAAGAGUUCGUGCCUCGAUCCGGUGUCAAGAUAGCUGUCACGGACACGGAGGCACAGUCACAGAACAUGGGGGCGGUCGAGCCAGGCACUGCGGAACGAAUCAUCCGCGCUACGCGCACGACGACGCUCACUUGUACCGUCUCGUCUGGCCUAGCGCUGUAUAAGCUGGCGCAGGGCCACAAGAAGCUGGAGCUGUAUAAGAAUGGCUUCAUGAACCUCGCUCUCCCAUUCUUCGCCUUCUCUGAGCCGAUCUCAGCGCCGAAACAGAAGUACUACGACACAGAGUUCUCCCUGUGGGACAGGUUCGACAUCGACGGUGAACUCACGCUCAAGGAGUUCCUCGACUACUUCCAGGAUAAGUACAACCUGGAGAUCACCAUGUUAUCGCAGGGAGUCUGUAUGCUCUACUCGUUCUUCAUGGCACCGGCGAAACGCAAGGAGCGGCUAGGACUGCACAUGUCAGAGGUCGUGAAGAAGGUGAGCCACAAGCGCAUAGAGCCGCACGUCUGCGCUCUUGUCUUCGAGCUCUGCUGUAACGAUGCUGACGGUGAGGACGUCGAGGUCCCCUACGUGCGCUACGUGCUCCCGAAGGUUGGAUGCAAGCCGCGCAGCGGCAGCCGCCCCUUGGUUUGGCGCGGCGGUGGCCGCCCCUUCGCAGACGCGCGAACGGGCGAGGAUGCUGCGCGUUAGUUGUCGACGGAGGAGGCCGCUCGUAACCGCGGCGACGGCGGAGGCGCUCGUAACACCGCGGCGACCGGAAGGACGGCCGCUCUAACCGGC